GGCAGGGGGAGUGGGAGCCAGAGACGUGAGCAGGGGCCAAAUCUCCCAGGGCUUGGGGGCCGUAAUGCAGGCGGGCUCGGCCCCGAGAGCGAGGGAAACUGCCAGCUGGGCCCCUCUGCGAUGUGAGGUUGGGAGAAUUGGCCUCGGGCACCUGGCUGAAAAGUCCGGUGUUUGUCAUGGGACUGACCUAAGCUGGCCACCCCCGCCAGGUUCCUCCCACCCAGAAGGGCCAGGUGGGGUUGGGCCCAGGCAGGAGCCGGACUUUGUUACCUGGGUUGGUCUGGCUCUGAGCCUGAGUUCUGAGCUGUGCUUGCAGUUCUGCCGGGGUGCCCUCCACCUCCUGCCCACCUGGCCUGGGGUCCUCAGAGGAGCCAUGGACCCCAGAGGCUUCUGGGGAAGGAGUGCCAGCUCCUGGCUGUGCGGGCUCCUGCUCUUGGCUGCGUGUCUGGGCUUCUACAGCAAUGUCUUCAGGCUGAUUCCCGGACGGAGGCAGAUAGGAGAGUCUCGAAGCAGCACUGAGGGCCGUCCCCUGCAGGGCCAACGGGAGAGCCUGCCAUCGAGCCAGGAUGGGCGCCGUGUGGUCCCGCAGGGGAUGCUGCUGGAGACAAAGCAGUGCAGUGAAAGGGACUGCCCCCCGGACGCCUGCAGAGUCCCUGAAGUCCCCAGGAUGGUUUACCCCAAGGCCCAGCUCCUGCAGCCUGCGAGGGCAGACGUGCUGGUCAUGACCCCCUGGUUUGCUCCUGUCAUCUGGGACGGGGUCUUUGACUCUGCCAUUCUGGACGCACAAUUCGAAAACACCACCGUUGGACUGACCAUUUUUGCCAUCAAAAACGAGGUGGGUGGAGAGCUGGAUGGCCCGCAAGCAGUGACACUGUCCAGGAUGGUUUACCCCCAGCCCAAGGUGCUAACACCCUCUAGGAAAGAUGUCCUUGUCCUCACCCCUUGGCUGGCCCCCAUCGUCUGGGAAGGGACCUUCAACAUUGACAUCCUGAAUGAGCAGUUCCGGCUUCGGAACACCACCAUCGGACUAACGACGUUUGCGAUCAAAAAAUACGUGGCCUUCCUGGAGCUGUUCCUGCAGACGGCAGAGAAGCACUUCAUGGUGGGACACAAGGUCACCUACUACGUGUUCACCGACCGGCCGGGGGAUGUGCCCCGCGUGCCCCUCGGGGAAGGGAGGCAGGUGGUGGUCCUGGAGGUCCGGAGCUACUCGCGCUGGCAGGACGUGUCCAUGCACCGCAUGGAGAUGAUCAGCAACUUCUCCCGGCGGCGCUUCCUCCACGAGGUGGACUAUCUGGUGUGCGCGGACGUGGACAUGAGGUUCCGCGACCAUGUGGGCGUGGAGAUCCUGUCCCCGCUCUUCGGCACCCUGCACCCCGGCUUCUACGGGGCGGCCCGCGAGGCCUUCACCUACGAGCGCCGGCCGCAGUCCCAGGCGCACGUCCCCAGGGACGAGGGCGACUUUUACUACGCGGGAGGCUUUUUCGGGGGGUCGGUGGCCGAGGUCCUGCGGGUCACGUCGGCCUGUCACCAGGCCAUGGCGGUCGACCGGGCCCACGGCAUCGAGGCGGUGUGGCACGACGAGAGCCACCUGAACAGGUACCUGCUGGACCACAAGCCCACCAAGGUGCUGUCCCCCGAGUACCUGUGGGACGAACAACUGCUGGGCUGGCCCGCCGUCAUGAAGAAGCUGAGGUAUGUGACCGUGCCCAAGAGUCACCGGGUCAUCCGGGACUGAUGACGGGCUGGCCUAGUGUCCGUCAGGGGUGCCACCCUGACCCCAGCCGUCAGAGCAGAUGGCCUGUCGCCGCUCCCUUUCUCUGUCCGGUCGUGGGACAUGGCCGAGGCCUGGCGCCGCCCGCAUCCGGCACGGGCACAGU